GCUGACCGGAAUUACCGGCCACCUUCCCCCUCCCUUCUUCUCCCUCCAAGAAAAGACAAGCCGAAAAAACUCCAUCUUCGUCUCCCGCUCGAAGCAAUCCGGCCGCCCCUUCGACCGUCAUCUUCUCCAGGAUUCCCCUUCUCGAAAGAUAACAGAGUAACGAGAAACCAAUCAAGACCCGUUUCUGAAUUUUCCCGCCUCCGGAAAGGACAGAUCAAGAAAAUCCCACGAAAGUCAACCGAGGUGGUGUCCCGCCAAGGUCGGGAUCCUUUCGGGCCGGUGAUAUCCGAAUUGAAUAAUGAUAAACGUUACUACAAUCGCACGGCGUUGUUGGGAGGGGAGAGUGACUAGACGGGUCCACGCGUAUAAAUAGGGGAGACCGGGGAGAGAGGGAGGAGAUGUCGUCGCCGACGAGAACGCCACCGUCGCUAGGGGGCCGAUCUCCGAUGUCGAUGAUGGAGAACCUGCUGGGGCUCCUCAGGAUCCGGGUCAAGCGCGGCGUCAAUCUCGCCGUCCGCGACGUUCGAUCCAGCGAUCCGUACGUCGUCGUCAAGAUGGCGAAACAGAAAUUGAAGACCCGUGUUAUAAAGAAGGAUGUUAAUCCUGAGUGGAAUGAAGAUCUAACUCUCUCUGUUUCAGAUCCUAGUAUUCCAGUCAAGCUGACUGUUUAUGACCAUGAUACGUUCAGCAAGGAUGACAAAAUGGGAGAUGCUGAGUUUGACAUAAAACCAUUCAUAGAGGCUCUCAAGAUGAAUCUGCAAGGCCUUCCCAGCGGCACUGUCAUUACAAGGGUGCAACCUAGUAGACAAAAUUGCCUUGUCGAAGAAAGCCGCGUUAUCUGGAGUGAAGACCGGGUUGUCCAAGACAUGUGCCUUAGACUGAGAAAUGUCGAGUGCGGAGAAGUGGAGAUUCAGCUCCAGUGGAUCAAUCUUCCUGGUUCCAAGGGCUUAUAAAGAACCUUGACGCUGGCCUGUGUUCUGUACUCAAGCCUCUCUUGUUCAUACCAUCCUGCAAAGUGAAGCUGUUGUAUCUUUUUCUUUUGCCCCACUCGUGACUGGAUUGUAUGUGCUUGGUGAGGCGGUCAUGUCACAAAUGCUCUCGUCUCACAUGAUUUAUAUUUAAGCUAUUUGAAACAACAUGAUCACAGGGUGAAAAGUGGUGAUUCUGUAUUUGCAAGCACUCUUGCAGCCUCAUGUCUUGCUAUUUCUGGCAAUCUUUGAACUUUCUUUGGGGAUUGUUUACUGGGAUUGAAUCAUCGGAAGCUUACCUUCGGUUCAUGUAUCAGUAGGGCUAUGAUGGUAUUGAGAAGCUUUUUGUUCA